AUGGCAAAUCAGUCUCAGAAGAAAACUGUAGUUAGAAAUAAGCAAAAAUUACUCAUCUCAUUUGCUUUUGUUUUUCUUUCUAUUUUCUUCUUUGUGUUUUAUCGAUUCCUUAAAGGAACAUUAACAGGAACAGCAUAUUUCGUAUUUAUUAUUAACGCAUUAUUCCAAUGUAUUCCAUUAAUUUAUACAUUCUCUAUAAGUAGGCCAUUGUAUGAGAAUGGAGAAUUAAUUGAUUGUGGAUCAGACUUAUCAGCAGAAGGAUUAAUGGAUUAUAUCCAUGACAUUCUUUAUUUCUCUUCAAUCAUUCAGUUUUUGAGUUCUUUCUCUUUCUUUGCAAUGUACUUAUAUAUAUUAGUCAUUGGAUAUACCAUUUAUCUUGUUGUUCAAAUGUCUAAUGCAAUGCCAAAUUUAAAUGCAGCUCAAGGAAAUUCUCAAGAAAAAGGAAAGAAGCAAAAAAUGAAAUUUAAAACACGUUAUUAA